CAAAUCUUAUUUAAACUCUUAUUUCCACAUUUCGUAUUUCAUCAAUUUCGCUCUCAUCACAUACACAAUUUACGCACAUUACAAAACCAUCGUCAUCACCUUCACUUGUCUCUGUUCCUCUCUGCCUCUCUUGCUCUCUCUGUCGCAUCAGACGCCAUUAAACCUACCAGAUCUUCGGUACCCAGGAGUUAAAUUUUUGAAAUUAUCAUUCCAUGGUGAGAGAAAUGAGGGAGGAAAUGACGUACGGAAUCGAAGAAGGUGAGAGGGAGGAAGAAGGUGGGUUCCCUAAUACCAGUCAUAAGAGAUUGGUGGUGGUGGGUUACGCUCUUACCUCUAAGAAGAUUAAGAGCUUUUUGCAGCCAAAGCUCGAAGGUUUAGCUAGAAACAAGGGGAUAUUGUUUGUUGCUAUUGAUCAUAACAAGCCCCUUUCGGAUCAAGGCCCUUUUGACAUAGUGCUGCAUAAGCUGUCUGGAAAAGAGUGGCGCCAGAUUCUUGAGGGUAUAACUAACCCUCACUGUCAGCUGAAUGGGAGUUAGCGAACUUGAAGUGAUGUGAGUGAAUUUAGAUUUGGUACACCUGCUUUUGAGUGUCUAGGGCGCUAUAAGUUCUAGGAUAAGGUCUGCAAAAACCCUUCCUCAAAAUCCUAUUUCGGGCGCUGGUUGUGAUGGCUGGUCCAACAUUUGGGUGCAUUUAGAUUGCUGGCCCUCAAUUAUACACUGGACUAUAGGCAAACACACCCAGAAGUCACCGUUCUUGAUCCUCCUGAUGCCAUACAACAUUUACACAAUCGUCAAUCCAUGCUCCAGGCGGUUGCUGAUUUGAACUUGUCUGACUCUUAUGGCAAAGUUGGGGUUCCCAAACAGUUGGUUGUUAAGAAAGAUGCAUCGUCCAUCCCUGAUGCUGUUGCAAAUUUUGGGCUGAAACUACCCAUUGUUGCAAAGCCACUGGUCAAUGAUGGAAGCAAAAAGUCACAUGAAUUAUCACUUGCUUACGAUCGGUACUCUCUCCAAAAGCUUGACCCUCCUCUUGUUCUUCAGGAGUUUGUAAACCAUGGAGGCGUUCUUUUUAAAGUCUAUAUAGUUGGUGAAGCUAUAAAAGUGGUCAGGCGUUUCUCUUUACCGGAUGUUACGAAACGAGAGCUCUCCAAAACGGCUGGAGUAUAUCGUUUUCCGAGGGUUUCUUGCGCUGCAGCGUCAGCAGAUGAUGCAGAUCUGGACCCAUGCAUUGCUGAACUUCCUCCGCGACCAUUACUUGAGAAACUUGCCAAGGAACUUCGCCGUCGACUGGGUCUGCGAUUGUUCAACUUGGAUAUGAUCCGAGAGCAUGGGACCAGAGAUCGGUUUUAUGUCAUUGACAUUAACUACUUCCCAGGGUAUGGGAAAAUGCCGGAAUAUGAGCACAUAUUCACGGACUUCCUCUUAAGCCUGGUGAAGGGGAAGCUCAAAAAGAGAUCUGGCUGAAAACUUUUCCAUCGACUCUGCUUCGAGGUGACAGUCUUAACGCAGAUAGCAAAGCACCUAAAUAAGAUUCUGCAGGGCAAGGUUCCGUCCCACGUACAGUGACUGGUGUGGAUCCCUGCCGAUGGCUGAAGGAGUAUGUUUGUCCGUACAUUCAAGUUGCUAACGGGAGAUGUUCAGCCCGGAAUAAUGCAUCGUGUACAGAGUUCUCAUAAAUCUAACGGCUCUGUUUGUUGGUUCGUUUUCUUCCUACUCGCUUGCGAUGUUGGCAGGUAACGUGAGCAGCUGCUGAUUACACAAUCACAUACUUUGUCGGGCUUUUUAUGUAGGACGUGCAUAUAUCCCUGCGAUGUAUCAGUUUAAUUUCGGAUUUGAUCUGCAUUUUCAUUUUUGAAGCUAAUAAAGAUCGAAAAGAUGCAAUUCUAGUGUCCCUUCGUUUCUUUAA